AUGAUGUGGAGUCGAUGGUGCAUCCGUCGGCCGGUUGCUCGCACCGCUCUCAAGGAAAUGAGUCUCGCUUCCUGGCGGAGUGGCGUCUACAACCCCGCCUUUUGUGCAGCACAGUGCUGCGCCAUAAGGCUGAACUCCUCAACUACAACAUAUAGCUCUAGUAGUUCCAGGGGGGAGGCUGCGUACAGGGGGGGAAACAGUGUGCAUGUUGAGCAUCCUAUUGUACAGCUUCCUGCGCGUUCGUUGUGGUGUAAGCAGUACCCGCUGGAUCCUGCGCUAGUUCGCAGUGGUGAGUUUGCGGAUAUGAUUGAGCGGGUGCAGGCAGCUCGUCACUACUAUCAGUACCCGUCCCUUUGCGCCCCACAAAUUGGGUGGAACGUGCAGAUGUUUACCCUUUUUGACGGCACCGUCUUUAUCAACCCUGUCAAUGUUGACAUACUGGAGGAGGAGGCGGCAAGUCGUAGCGGAAGGCCGAUGGUCGAGGCUGAGGCGCAGUGGGUGACGCGUUGCCGUAAAGAAGGGAAGACGUGUUUUGCCUGGGAACCCUGUGCGAGCUGCUGCUUCCUCAUGCAUUACAUUGAGCGACCGGCCACCGUGCGGUUGCGGGCCAUUGGGGCUGACGGGCAUCUUUUCGAGGUGACCCUCGACAAGAUGAGGGCACGUAUGGCGCUGCACGAGAUGGACCACCUGGGCGGCGUCCUCUUUACCCGCCGCAUUCCCGACACGAAUCACGUGGUCCCCCUAGAGGGGUUCAGUACGAUGAGCGAUUGGUCAGACGACUACCCGUCGCUGGAGGCGCGCAGCACGUAUCUGUACACUACCUACACCCCACCAUACACCUUUCUUACAGACAACGUUGAAGAUGCACAGUUGCUUGAUCGAAAGUUCGAGGACGGCAUUUACCCUGGGUGCGAACACGACCGCCGCAUGCGAAUUGAGAACGCCGCACUCGAGGAACUGCAGCGGGCGCAGUGGAGGAUGGAGAAGACACGCGGCGACGAGGAAGACUGCAGCCAGUGCAUGCGUGACACUGUUGGCGAACAGCAACACGAGGAAGAUGAAGAAAAUGAGGGGGAGGGUGUUGCUUCAACGAAGGGCACGGCUUAG